AUGUCCUCCACCAAGGAUUACACCGCUGCCGAGCAUCAACUCACGCAGAUUCUCCUCACUGAGCUACUGGCACACCAAUUUUGCUCCCCCGUUCAAUGGAUCAAGACACAAGAUGCUAUUCUCGGAGAAUUCGCGACAGAGCGGCUGGUGGAAAUUGGCCCCGCCGAGACGUUGACAAACAUGGCGUCGAAGACGGUGAAUCAGGACUACAGCUUUCAGGACGUUGCACUGGGGGUGCAGAGAGAACUACUGAGCUACAACAGGGAUGCCCCCGCCAUCUACUAUGAUACCCCAGGCGAAGAGACGGCCGCUGCCUCUGUUGCCCUCGAUGCUGCCGUCAAGAAGUCACCCAUCACUCCGGCUCCGACCGUAUCUCCGGACAUUGUCCCAAGUCCAACGAUCGAUGUUGCGGUGACUGCACCCGCACCGACCAUCGUCUCGGUCCCCGACAGGGCUGUAUCCCCCCACGACAUCAUAACAACUCUUGUGGCGCUUGCUCUAGUGAAGCAGCCGAGUGAUAUUGCCCAAGACCAGACACUCAAAGCGCUGUGCGGCGGUCGAUCAACAGUUCAAAACGAGAUCAUCGGCAACCUCACCAGGGAGUUUGGGUCUCUUCCAGACCAACCCGAAAGUGUGGCAUUGGAAGACCUCGCCUCUACAGUUGCAGAUCAUGGGGCUGGGGCCAAGCUGGGGCCCUUCACCAAUGCCUUGAUCAACAAAAUGGUCACAAGUAAGAUGCCCGCCAACUCGAAUGUGACGGUUUUGCGGCAGCAUCUAGACCAUCGCUGGGGAUUUAAGAACGGCCUUCAAGACCGGGCGCUCCUUGCCGCAAUUCGCAGCCCACCUCCGGCAAGAUUGAAGGGCGAAAAGGACGUGCAUUCUUUUCUGGACGAAAUUGCUCGGACCGUGCUUGGAGGUGUUGGUGUUGACCCCGCCAGCCUCACGACAUCAGCUGGCCCCGGGGGGGAUCAAGCCAGGGCCAUGGCCACGGCCACUGUCGCGGUCUCGUCCGAGGCUCUCAAAUCCUUUCAGAAUGAGCGAACGAAGCAUGCGGAAGACUUGCUUCGCGUAUAUGCCAACCAACUGGGCCGUGACAUCAACGGCACGACGAGCGAGAAAGCCGAAGCCAAAGCCACCAUCGACCAACUCCAGGCCAAGCUCGAUGCCUGGUCGGCCGAGCACGGCGAUGUGUACGAGCAAGGCAUUCGCCCCGCCUUUGACGUCAAGAAGGCUCGCAAAUACGGCUCGUGGUGGAACUGGGCCGUCCAACAAGUCGUGGCUCUCUUCUCUGCCGCCCUAGUCGGCCAGUUAGACGACUUCCUCGUUCGGAGCAGACAGUCCUUGGAUCUGAUUUCCACGCGGGCUUCCCCGAGACUGCUGCAAACCAUCGACUGGCUUCUGCGAGAGCUUCGGGAGGUGCCGGCGUCCCAGGCCGUGAGGCGGGAUGUUGCCCAGGAAUGGCUGCUUGACCUGCAGAGAAGCUGUAAAGAUUCCGUUGCCUGCAAGCACCCGUUGUUCAGAUGCUCCGUCGUCUCGAGAGUUCCUAUCCUGGAGAUUGACCAACGGGGUCGGAUCUCGGUGAAGGAAGCGGCCCGCAUGGCACGACCAUUCGAGGCAGACAGCGCUGUCCGGUGCGGGCCUGGCUGCGAUACCUUUGAUUCCGACGAGACGUGCUCUGUCGUUGACGCUCAGUCAUACUACGGUUCCUUCACAGUUCCAACCUUGUCCAUCUCUAUGUUCGAGUCCGCCUACCGACCUCCUGGGCCUCCUGGGGGGGCCGAAUCGCCCAACAGCUCCGCCAUGGAUGAAGACGGGGUGUUUCUCCAAGUACCGGGGACCAUCGAGAGUCCAGUAGGAGGAGGCGUGCUGAACAAUAACACGUGGACCCCCCAGCUCAAGACAAAAGGCCGCAGUGGAUGGCGCACCAACCACGUUAUCACCAACGGCUACCUCCGCUGGUUCCAACAGUGCUCUACGGAAGGCAUCUCGUUUGCCGACAAGACCGUGUUGGUGACCGGGGCCGGCAAGGCAUCCAUUGGAUCCGAGGUGGUGGCCCUGUGUCUUGGUGCCGGUGCCAAGGUCGUCCUCACCACGAGUUCCUACUCCCAAGAAACUUGUGCCUAUUACCGCGAUCUCUACCAUCAACACGGCGGCCGGGGCUCGCAGCUUGUUGUCGUCCCGUUCAACGGCGGCAGCAACCAGGAUGUACAGAAACUCGUUCGGUACAUCUACGAUGACGACGCCAAGGGUGGUCUCAGCGGGCUUGGCUGGGACCUCGACCACAUCGUCCCGUUUGCCGCUGUAGGCGAGACGGGUCGUCCCAUUGACGGUAUUGAUGACAAGUCAGAGCUUGCGCAUCGCGUUAUGCUCACCAACGUCGUAAGGCUUCUCGGCGCCGUCAAAGCAGCCAAGGCAGAGCGGCGCAUCACCACGCAUCCCACCCAUGUUGUCCUUCCGUUUUCUCCCAACCAUGGCGUCUUUGGCCAAGACGGGUUGUACGCCGAGUCCAAGCUGGCCCUGGAGGCCUUGAUGAACAAGUGGUCUUCCGAGAGCUGGAGCGAGUACCUGACGCUCUGUGGUACUGUUAUCGGCUGGACCAGGGGCACGGGCUUGAUGAAUAACAACGACCUUCUCGCUACUGGUAUCGAAGCCGAUUUGGGCAUCCGCACGUUUUCGGCUUCUGAGAUGGCAUGGCACAUCGCCGGGCUGAUGGACGCGAGUACAGCCUCGUUCUGCGACCUCGAGCCAAUGAUGGCUGACUUGGGUGGCGGCUUGUCUUCCUUCAUCAAUCUACGACCAGUCCUUCAGCAUAUCCAGGACAAAAUCAACUCCAAGAGUGACAUGAACAAGUCCAUCUUCGAGGAGCAGCUUCUUGAAAACGGCGAGGACCACCCGUCUUUCUCGUCGACUAACCCGACUCCGAGUCCCCCGUCUCGUGAUCGUUUAGCCCCGAAGGCCAGGCUUCAGGUUGAGAAAGCGAGUCUCCCAGAGUACCAAGAGAUCCAACCUCUGGCUGCCAAGUUACGGGACAUGGUUGAUCUCGAGCGUGUCGUCGUCGUCGUCGGUUUUGGAGAAGUCGGCCCGUAUGGCAGCAGUCGCACUCGAUGGGAAGCCGAGUGCUCCGAUACCUUUUCUGUGGCCGGUUGUGUGGAGUUGGCUUGGGUCAUGGGCCUCAUCCGAUAUCACUCCGGUCUCCUCAAUGGGAAGGACUAUUGCGGCUGGUUUGAUGUCGAAACCAAGUCUCCCAUCGCAGACGCCGAGGUAAAGGCAAAGUAUGAGUAUCACAUCACGCAACACUCUGGCAUCCGCAUCGUCGAACAGCGAACCCACGACCUCACUUCCCCCGACAAGGAGCCGAAGCUUCACGAGGUGGCCAUCAUCCAAGAUCUUGAGCCGUUUGAAGUUCCUCUUGAGAUUGCAGAGGAGCUGAAGAGAGAGCAUGGCGCCAACGCGGCCGUGACCGAAAUCGACGGCGGCCAGUGUUCCGUCGUCUUGAAGGCGGGCACUACCCUGUGGGUUCCCAAGGCUGCUACGUCGCGAAGCACAAUCGGUUCCCAGGUACCUACCGGGUGGGAUCCCAAGACGUACGGUAUUUCCGACGACAUCAUCGGCCAAGUAGACCCCGUCACUCUGUACGCACUCGUGGCCACUGUUGAGGCAUUCCUGUCUGCUGGGCUCACGGAUCCGUACGAGCUGUACCAGUACAUACACGUCUCAGAACUAGGAAACGCCGUCGGGUCCAGUAUGGGAGGCUUGCAGUCGCUCGACCGCAUGUACAAGCGUCGGUUCCUCGAUCGGCAGGUUCAGAGCGAUAUCUUGGCCGAGACGUUUGUCAACACGACGGCGGCUUGGAUCAACAUGUUGCUGCUCGGUUCAUCGGGUCCUCUUCGUACCCCCGUCGGUGCGUGCGCCACCUCACUCGAGAGCCUCGACACCGGAUACGACAUGGUCAUCAACGGGCGGGUCAAGGCCGUGCUUGUGGGCGGGACAGACUACCUGGAGCGGGAGCUUGCCCGGGAAUUCGCCAACAUGCAGGCCACCAUCCACGCGGGUGACAAUGCAGCGGCCGGGAGGACGGCCAAAGAAGCUUCGCGGCCUGCCACUACGACCCGUGCUGGGUUCGUCGAGGGCGAAGGCUGUGGCGUGCAGCUGCUCAUGACGGCACGUCUUGCUCUCGACAUGGGUCUCCCAAUCCGCGCCAUCGUCGCUCUGACACACAUGGCCUCGGACGGCAUCGGCCGCUCCGUGCCGUCGCCGGGCAAGGGAAUCCUGACAAUUGCAGCAGAGAAGCCCAGUGCCGAGUUGGUCGCAUCGCCACUGCUCGACGUCAACCACCGCCGCCGACGGCUGGCGAUCCGCCUGCGCCAGAUCGACGAGCAGCGCGAGGCCGAGCUGGCCCGGGUGAAUAGCUGGCUGCAACAACAGCAGCUACUACAACAACAACAACAACAACAACAGCUGCAACAGCAACAACAACAGCAACAGGAACACGGGCAGCACAAGACGAGCCUGUCAAGGUCUACCUCGGCCGAGAAGCACGCGGAAUACUGCCGUACAGAGAUCGACAGGGACGCCAAACGUGCCCGACAGGUGGCCAAGAACACGUACGGCAACGACUUCUGGAAACACGACGAGUCCAUCUCGCCCCUGCGCGGCGCCCUCGCGGUCUGGGGCCUCACAGUGAACGACCUCGGCGUGGCCAGCCUGCACGGGACCAGUACCAAGCUGAACGAUGUCAACGAGACGGCCGUGGUGCAGGCGCAACUGGCCUCGCUGGGCCGGACGCCCGGCAACGUCCUGCCCUGCUGUCUCCAAAAGGGACUGGUGGGCCACGGCAAGGGCGCCGCGGGCGCCUUGGCCGUCAACAGCUGCUUGCAGAUGCUCGCGUCAGGCGUGAUCCCCGGCAACCGUAACGCCGACGACAUCGACCCCGCGCUGCAGCAGCGCGACCUGCUGUUCUUCCCAUCGCGCACCUACCAGAACCCGAUGGGCGUCAAGGCCUUCUCCGUCACAUCGUUUGGCUUUGGCCAGAAGGGCGCCCAGGUCAUCGGCGUUAAUGCGCGCUACCUGUUUGCCACGCUGUCCCAGGGCGAGUAUGAGAGCUACCGGGUCAGGGUCACCGAGCGGGAGGCCGCGGCGGAUAAGGCGCUGCAGCAGGGCAUCUACGGGGGCAAGUUGGUAAAUGUCAAGGAACAUAACGUGUACGACAAGGCCAAGCUGGAGGAGGCCAUGUUGUACAGGUAA